CGGCAAUCCGCUUUGUUGAAAGCGAUUAUUUUCCUACCUGUGGAUCGUCUCUCCUCUCUACCAAAAUGGAAGCAAGCGGCGGCGGCGGAGAGAAGUUCGUGUACCGGAUUUGUACAGCUACCGAAUGGGAAAAUCUGCAGAAAGACGGGUUCACUUAUGGCGGAGAGCUCGACAAAUCCUCCGGAUUCAUCCACCUCAGCGACCACAAUCAGGUUCUAUCAACACUGAACAAUUUCUUCCGAAACACCAAGUUGGAUCUGCUGCUUCUCCAAAUUGAUGCUGGAAAGCUUGGGGAUGGGUUGGUCUAUGAGUCCGUCGAUGGAAUCAACAGCUUCCCACAUUUCUACGGCCCGGCUCGAAGUUUCAGCCCUCUGCCUCUGGAUGUAGUCAUCAAAUCUGACAAGAUUGUUGAGUCGGAUGGCCAAUUCGGCUGUCCUUUACUCGGUUGAAUAUAUACUCUGGUUUCCGCCGGUGAUGUUUGCUUUCAGAUGGAAAUCAAGCUGUAUUGAACAGAAUGCUUCUAUUUACUUGUUCUUAUUGGCCGGCCAGCAGUUACUGAAGCUGGAUCCAUAUAGGUUUCUUUGAUCCUGAAAUCUUCUGAAUGUUUCUUAGUCGUCGUUAACAUCUUGUCGCUGGAACCUUUGCGAGCUCUAAUCUGGCAGCAUGACGAAGAAGCUGACAUAAAGUAAUGCAUAAUUUCGAAUUCAAGUUCUUCACUUUCUGACAUCUAUUAACGAGGAACGAUUGGCAUAGUGGCAGCAUGAUCUACUGUUGAAUUGAGCAUUCCUCGUUUUACUGUGGAAAUCUUUUGUUGCAAGUGUGAGCUGGGUAUUGCUAUCUAUUCACUUUGAAGUUUGAACUGAGGGUUGGUCUGUCUUCGCAAAGAUUCGCCUUGAAAGCUGUUGAAGUAAUGCAUACCCUGGGAUUGAGGAUAGAGAGAUGUUUGCCUGCAAAGAGAACUCCCCCCCAACCCAGGGAGCACACAAGGUAACUUCUAGCUAGACUCUAAAACACUUUUUUCCUCAAUAAAAGCUCAGAAUUCGUACCAAUGGUGAAUGCUAUGUGAAGGUUCUGAUACCUUGCUCAGCAACAGUUGAUAUUGUGAUCCUGCUAGUGUCCUAGAACCUGAUCCUUUUUGUAUAAAGAGGGGAAUGUGCUGAUCUGAUGUAAGCUAGGGAUUGGGAAAUGAGGACAGCUGUAACUGUUGUCAGCAACCCUUGUUCUAAAUCUAGGCUUAGAAGUCAAGUGUAUGAUUAUCAGCAAGUUUAAUGUUCAGAGAAUGAAUUGGCUUCCAUCCUACAGAGUACUAUCUUCUUCAGGCGCUGCAACCGCAGAUACUCAAAGCUACACCAUUCUUCCUUUUCACUUUUUCUUUGAACUUAGAGCUACCAUUCAAAGACUGGUAACUUUGAAUAGAAGCAAUGGAUUGUGAAGCCAUACCAGAGAUGAUGUUGGUGACUAAUGUAUCAGGAUAACAAAACCGAGUAAGAAUCGUAACGGUCAAAGCUCACUGGCCGUCCAAUUUCGUUAGAUUCUUCUUGAGCUUUGAUGGUUAACCGACUAAGAAACCCUUUCUUUCUACAAAAGCAAAAGAAACUCCUUGCACUCUUUGUUUAUUCAUGUAUACUGCUUGCUACAAUCUUUCAACUUGUUAACACAGACCAAGUUACAUAACUUAGACUUCAGACUUGUGGUUCUGAUCACAUCAUGCUCAAAGAGCUCUACCCUUCACAAUGCCGGCCAUCGUUUUGUGCGUAUUUGAACCUGUAGCACUCUACGUCCACGGUCCCUGCACAGUUAGUACCACGAUCAUAGUCCGAUCCCCAUCCCUUGUCCAUGAGACCCUCGUACUCUAUUUUGAGUUUUUAGGCUUGGGGGUGACUUUUUGUCAAUGUUGUCAAAACCAGAUGGACAUCCACCCGAAUUAGCAAGAGGUUCAAGAUUCUGUAUGUACAUAAACAUUUAGAAAAGAGGUUACUUACAAUUUGUAAAAAAAUAAAUUACGAAUUCACGAUAUUCUAAAAAUUAAAUAAUAGUAUAAAAACUCUAUCUAUACUGUCAAGAAUCAAGAGCACAAUCAAUAUUCAUAAUCUUCGAUUCUCAAUCACAUACAAUUUAAUAUUCACAUUAUUCUUGUUUGAAGAAGUUUUUUUUUAUGAAUAUAAAUAAAUUUUGAGUUAUUGAACUCUUAUUAAAAUAAUGAAAUGUGAAAAUGACA